UUCAAUCAAUCAAAUAAUCAAUCAAUUUAUAAAAUGACAGUCGGACCAGACAGAGUUAUAUUCUACACUGAGAAGAACUUGGCAGGCUCCAGCAAGGAGUACAAGGUUGGUGAAUCUAUUGUCUUGAAAAAUGACCCAAACAAUAAUAAGUACAUGUCCUGUGAGAUUGGCACUGAUUGCUGGGUGAACGCCUACCAGUAUAUCGAGAGCAGCGAUCCCUACACACUAGAGACAUGA